AUGCAUCUUGGCAAAAGAAGGAAUGGGGAUUCUCCUGCUGCUGCACCCAAGGAGAUUCCCAGCCGGAGGCAAAAUGUUAGCAGCUGCAGCAGGGAAUACGCAAAGUGGGAAGAAAAUAUUGGAGUUUCUCCUUACGUACUACUAGAGGAAUUUCCUAUCACAGCAAAAGUGGUAGAGGCUGCAGCAGAAAGUGGAAAGGAAGUAUUGGGGUUUCUCCUUAAGCAGCACGGAGAUAAAUUUCUUAUCACAACAGGAAUGAUAGAGACCGCAAUCAGGAACAAGCGCGUUGGAAAAGAAAUAGUCACGCUCUUUAGUGAGCAAAGAGGGAAAGGGGUGGUCAGAGCCGCCGAGAACAGCGGAAAGAAAACUGUGGAGCUUUUACUCUUGACAAAGGGGAGAUAG